UAUGUUCAUGUAUAACAUGGUAUAAAUCAUCAAACUCGACUUCUGAAUAUAGCAAAUACAACGGAGAACUAUGGUAUGCCGUCAAACGUUAACGCUCACGAAACAAGAAUGUCAGUAAUGGUCACGUGUUUAAGUAUUUUAACUCACUGAUUGCCAUCAAAACUUUGUUUACCGUCGUGAAAUAACAUAUUUGUAAGAAAACUGUAACAAAAUCAUUGUGUAACAAAUUAAUUUAACUAAUAAAUACUGCAAGUUAACGUAAAUGUGUUUUGCGUGUGUUUACGUGUAUGAGUGAGUUCACAAUAACGUUAGACUGUUUGAUUUGAAACACUACCAAAUCCAAAGUAUCUGUAGAUAAUAACUAAAUUUUAAUCUAAUGUUACUACACUUAUUUAUAAUCAACACUAGUAUCAAAAAUGUUACAAUCAUGUUUUGUAUUAAGCAUGUGUACCUUUGCAACUAUGAAAUUUCUGAAUGUAAAUUAUUAAUAUCACAUCAGGAGACAUUAUGCUCUUUUAAAUUAGAAAACGCAUAAAUUGUGUUAUUUGUUUAGAAGUAUUAUCCUCACUCGAUUGGUCAUUUUGGCUCAGGUACUACAUUAAAGUACCCUAUGUACUCUUAAGUAUACUCUAAAGUUCCCGGACUACAAAAAUUAUUCUAAAAAGUACCCGAAAGCAUGACCGGAUGCCUCAAAGUGUAUUUUUCGUACCCGGGAUACAUUGAAGUAGACUGACGAGUAUCCGGGGUACUUUUAAAAUGUUCCUGAGCCGACAACGACUGAUUAAGCGUGAUUCUCUGUUAUAACAUUAAAUGUCGAUGCACUCCCACAGUUUCUACAUCAUCCUAAGGGGUUCGGUCAGCGUGUAUAUUGACCCUAAGAUGACGGGAGAAGGCGUGGAUGAAUCCACCGCUAGAGCGUCUGCGGCAGCGAAACGGAAGUCGGUCAAAAAACUCCACACAGCGCCUGAAUCGGAAGCCUCGAUUCUGAGCGGGAUGGAAAAGGCGUCAGUGACGUCAGCAGAGGUGCAUGACGUAACUGUACAUAGAACGGAGGCAGAAGUUGCAUUAAGCCACGAGGAUGCCGACACUGACUCGGAAAUGACGAAGAAACCGACGAAAUUGCUGGCGCCUCUAGAUCGAAAUAAAUUCGGGAAAUUUAUCAUGAAAUACGGCCAGGGUGGCGCUUUCGGCGAGUUGGCUCUCGUGAACAAGGACACGUUCCGUAACGCUACCGUGGUCACGGAUGAAGACACGGAUCUCAUGGUGAUCGACCAGGAACUCUUCGACAGAUCAUUAAAGGCGGAGCAAGAGGCAAAAUACGCGGAGAUCCGGGAAUUCAUCGAAACGAAUUCUUUUUUCAAAGACAUGAACGUGAAGUUGAAGAAGCUACUAGAAAUGAGCAUCAGGAAGGAACGCUACAUUUUCGACACCAACAUUGUACGCCAGGGUGACCCUGUUGAGGGGCUUCAUUUCAUUAUCAGCGGAAGUGCCAACAUCAUCAUCCAGCCUAAGAAGCAUCCGGGCCAGUACCCGCAACUAUGGCCCUUCGAGGCGGGCGUCGACCAGAUAGCCAUAGAGUUCGAGCAUCUCCGUGAAAUGCGUCGCGCGGCGAUCCUCCGGAAGUACGAGGACCCGUCUGUGUGGGACACGAAACCGGAAGACCUGGUGAUCCGCAGAGAACAGGGGUACGCCGCCAUCGAGAAGCACAUGAAGGAGAGCCACAUCAAUCUGUGUUCAGUGCAGAACAAGGAGGUGCUUGGGGAUAUCGAGACGCUUUUGAAUCUGGGGACGUAUGUUCAGACGGUCCGAUGUACGGCCGACACGCAAUGCUUCGUGCUCGAUACAAAGAAUUUCGAGCGCCUCGUUUCCAACAGGAAGGCGAAUCCGAUCACCAUGGAUAUCAUGCGCGCACACGUAAAGAACAAGCUGUGCAUGCGCAUGCAGAUGAAGCAGGCUGACCUUAUUCCGUUGCUUGGAUACAUGCACCAUAAAAUAACCGAGCAAAUGCUGCCGCAGACGAAAAAGGUGGAACCUUUUAAAACAUCGAAGUCCGUACCGGAUGUGGAGGAGGAGAUGCAGCACCUGCUUCAGUACUUCCGGGAGGGAAAGGAAGUCAUGCUUCUCAAACCAAUUGUGCCUGGCGUCGUCUACUACCGGGAGCUUAUGCACGAGAAGGCCAAAAUCAGGGAGCAACAGAAGAAGGCAUCUGGCAACGCUGACCCGCCGACAAGACGCAGAGUGAUCAAGGCGCAAAACAACCGGAAGCCGCGAAGUAUCGCGCAAAUUCGCGAAUCCCUGCAGCAGAUGAUGGAGGCGGAAGUGAUAGAAAUAGAAACGAAGAAAUUUAAGAAGAGAACCCCCAAACCUCAAAAGGCUAAAAGCAGCGAUCAACAGCUCAGCGUUAGAACUGUGCCUUCUAAUACUCCGCGAACUUUAGUGAGUUCUUACAGUAAUGUUUCCGAAUCCCAAGAUUCGGUAAAACCAGGACUUAUCGCUUUAAUGCAAGCAGUGCGCAAAGCCGACACGGCUUCGGAAACGAGCGAAACAUCGUCUAUCGAUUUACCAAAUCAUCUCACAGAGUUUAGAAACGAAAACUACAGCAACGGAAACUCAAGCCACGUAGCCAGUGCUCAUAAACCCGUCCCUCCAGUUUUUGUGACCGAGCUCUCGACCCAUGAGAUUAAGCUGCCGGCAAUCCGCGAGGAAAAAACGCAAGAAGAGAUAAUACUCCGUGAAGGCAGUGCUAGUAAAAUACUCUCCGAACGAACGCCUGAUAACAUGACAACGACACACCAUAGAGAGAAAGAUAAUAACAGUAAAGCUUCGACUAAAGGUACCAAACAUGCGAAGUCCAAAACCCCCAACAAACAGGCGCCGUCAAUUCAAAUAAGCGCGGAAAAUAAAGACAAUGCGCCCAUUGAAGGAACAUUCGACAUCUCUGUGGCUUCGACGUUUUCGAAAGAAAACGUUCCUAGACUUCCGGCACUCGAUGGUUCCCAGCUAAGCUUAAAUCAUGGCCAGGAAUCAGCGAGGACGGAAGAUACCAGUGGAAGCAACGUAUCUCUGAACUGGAAGACCGCCAUUAAGUUUGUGAACCAGAGGGUACAGGACAGGCUGACGAAGGCAUUACUGGAGGAAGAAACGCCAUACAAGGAUUUCUUGACGAGCGAACCGUCCUUGAAACUGCUCGAGAACCGUAUACAAGCGUUCCACAUCAAGUACGGAAUGGGACAUAAAACAAAAAACCUACCGCCCCUGAAACGAUACAAGCUCGACUCCCAGGACGCCCCGAAGCCAGGAGGCCGGGUGAUCGUGAAACGCCAAAUGUGCCGCUUUGCUGACACCGAGUACAUCGUCAAGGAUCACCAGCACGUAAAGCACUCAAUGGUGGAGCACCUCGCUGACUUCGACCGCGUUCGAAAGACGAAAAUUGUUGUGCAACAGCUGCUGAAAUCCUCUGACAACAGUUGAUUGGUUUUGAAAUCUGCUAAUAACAUUAAAUUCAUGCUGACUUCGGCUUUUGGAAUUUGCUGACAAUAGUUGAUUGUUUUUUUUUUUAAAUCUUCUAACAAAAGUGUAUUCAUGUUUACUUCGGCUAUUGGGAUCUGCUGACAAAAGUUGAUUCGUGUUGAUAUCGGCAACAUAAAUCUACUGUCGAUAUCGGCUGAAAAAAAUAUUGAACUUUCAAAAUAUGGGCGAUUUUUUACUGACCGUAAAACUGUGUCUUGUAGUUGGUUGACGUUAUACAGAACUGAAAGCAGGUUAAGUAAUUUUGCAGACGUGUAGCUGAACUUAACAGCAUAUUGUCAUUAGGUGACGUGCUACUGAACAUUCACACCUUAAGCGUCAAUUGUUUGGUUAAACUAAAAACUGUAUACACUUACUUCAAUGUCGACAGUCAGGCUACUAAACUGACUUAUAUAGUCAAUUUGAUUGAGUCAGACGUGAUGCAGAACAAAACGGAAUCUCAUUGAACUAUUUGCUUGACAUUCUUCCUAAAUGAAACAUGCGCACCUCAGUUAUUUGGUUGAAGUGAUACCGAGCUCUAAGUCGGCUUAAGUCACUUUAUCGAUGGGUAACAUAACUUUAAACGGCAUUCGAAAGUUAUUUGUGAUAGCAUUUAUAUAGACAUAAACAAUUCUGACUAAAGGUUGUUCUGCUGACAUUUUAGUGAACUGUACAAUGUACGCUUCCAUUAUUUUGAUUCGACAUGCUACCUGAUAAGGUCUUUUGUUAUGUGGUACUGCAACAACGAAUAACAGCUGAUUUGAGCAACGUUUGGUGCAUUUAAAGUUGUUAUUGAUUUUAUAUUAUCAAACACCUCGUACCUGUGUUAAUUUGUUAUGGAUUUUAUCUUAUCGAACACCGCGUACCUCUGUUAAUUUGACUGAAAUGUACGGAUUUUAUCUUAUCGAACACCGCGUACCUCUGUUAAUUUGACUGAAUUGCUCAUGCUUUACGGGUCGCAUUUAGAUUUAAAAGCACGUCUACAUAAUUCAACGUUCGACAAAAAUGCAAACAUUUCUUUUACGACAAAGAACGUGCUAUGUAUUAUAUGAUAUUACUUUUCCCCCAACGGUUUAGAGUCAGUAUUCAUAAAUCUCCUUAGGUAAAUCUUAACUAGUCAUUCUUUUAAGAGCAAAUUAAAGAUUACAUUUUAUUUGUGAAUUUAAUAUUUUUCUGCUCGCAGCAUGAUAAAAUUGUAAACUAAACAAUUGAUUAGUAAACGUACAAGUAUU